AAGUAGAGACUACACACGCUCCUGAGUUCCUUAGCCAGCGGCUGGCAAGGGUGAGGGAAUGGCCGGGCGGGCGACGCGACUGGUCCUACUGGCCGGGGUUGCCGCGGUGGCGAGCGGCUCCCAGGGCGACCGCGAACCAGUGUACCGUGACUGUGUGCUGCAGUGCGAGGAGCGGAACUGCUCGGGGAGCGCGCUGAAGCACUUCCGCUCUAGCCAGCCAAUCUACAUGAGUCUGGCAGGCUGGACCUGUCGGGACGAUUGUAAGUAUGAGUGUAUGUGGCUCACUGUUGGCCUCUACCUCCAGGAAGGUCACAAAGUGCCUCAGUUCCAUGGCAAGUGGCCUUUCUCCCGGUUCCUGUUCUUCCAAGAGCCAGCUUCUGCUGUGGCCUCCUUCCUCAAUGGCGUGGCCAGCCUGAUGAUGCUGUGCCGCUACCGCACCUCCGUGCCAGCCUCCUCCCCCAUGUACUACACCUGUGUGGCCUUCGCCUGGGUCUCCCUCAAUGCUUGGUUCUGGUCCACUGUCUUUCACACCAGAGACACCGACCUCACAGAGAAAAUGGACUACUUCUGUGCUUCCACCGUCAUCCUCCACUCGAUCUACUUGUGUUGUGUCAGGACCGUGGGGCUGCAGUGCCCAGCUGUGGUCAGCGCCUUCCGGGCCCUUCUGCUGCUACUGCUGACAGCGCACGUCUCCUACCUGAGCCUCAUCCGCUUUGACUAUGGCUACAACCUGGUGGCCAACGUGGCUAUUGGCCUGGUGAACGUGGUAUGGUGGCUGGCCUGGUGCCUGUGGAACCACCGGCGGCUGCCGCACGUACGCAAGUGUGUGGCGGUGGUCUUGCUGCUGCAGGGGCUGUCCCUGCUCGAGCUGCUGGACUUCCCACCUCUCUUCUGGGUCCUGGAUGCACACGCCAUCUGGCACAUCAGCACCAUCCCUGUCCACGUGCUCUUUUUCAGCUUUCUUGAAGAUGACAGCCUGUACCUGCUGAAGGAAUCAGAAGCCAAGUUCAAGCUGGACUGAAGACCCUGGGAGU